AUGCGAUCAUCGGCCGUCCGGACCCUGCGGUGGGCGACACCCUUUCGCCCAUCAUGGAGUAGGUGCUUCACCGUGGCCCGGCAGGGCGCUGGUCCAGCUCUCCAUGCCCGGAGCUCGUCUCCGCGUGUGCCUCCGCGUCGAUACUUCUCAGUAUCCUCACCAGCUCAAUCCAUAUUCGAUGCCGAUUCCACCAUAUAUGCGCUUUCGACAGCAUCUGGACGGGCUGCCAUUGCCGUUGUGCGGGCAUCGGGACCUGCAUGUGUGCAAAUCUACAAAUCUCUCUGUCCAGAAGCACCUCUUCCCCGGCCCCGCCUCGCAGUCGUCCGCACCCUGUACGAUCCCUCCCAGAAACCCUCCCCCAACACCGUCCUCGACGCCGGCGCCUUAGUCCUAUACUUCCCCGGCCCGAAGACCGUGACUGGCGAAGAUGUUCUCGAGCUGCACCUCCACGGUGGCCCAGCCAUCGUCAAAUCCGUUCUGUCGUCCAUCUCGCGUACAAACAACCCUGACUACACAGUCCGCUACGCCGAACCCGGCGAGUUCACCCGUCGAGCCUUCAUGAACAACCGCCUAGACCUCCCGCAGAUCGAAGCCCUGGGCGAUACCUUGUCCGCUGACACGGAGCAACAGCGCCGGCUUGCUGUCCGGGGUGCCAGCGAUGCGCUAUCGAAGCGGUACGAACAAUGGCGACAUCAAUUGCUCUAUGCGCGCGGCGAACUAGAGGCGUUGAUUGACUUCUCAGAGGAUCAGCAUUUCGACGAGUCCACCGAGGACCUGGUGUCCUCGGUUGCGGCUCAGGUGCGGGCUCUGCGGGCUCAAAUCGCCCUUCACAUCCAGAAUGCGUCCAAGGGCGAGCUCCUACGUAACGGAAUCAAGGUCGCUCUCCUGGGGGCCCCGAAUGCGGGGAAGAGCUCGCUUUUGAAUCGAAUCGUUGGCAGAGAGGCCGCCAUCGUUAGCACUGAGGAAGGCACCACGCGGGACAUCGUGGAUGUCGGUGUCGACAUCGGCGGCUGGUACUGCAAGCUCGGCGACAUGGCAGGGAUACGCUCCGAGCCAAAUGAUCCUACCGGACAGAAGAAGACGGUUGUGAUUGGCGCCGUGGAACAAGAGGGCAUCAGACGGGCAAAGGCACGUGCCUUGGAAUCGGACGUGGUCAUCGUGGUCGUCUCAGUAGAAGAAGCCACCGAUGGUACAGCGACGUACCGCCUCGCCGUCGAGCAGGAGGUCGUCGACGCAGCCAACGACUGCGCUCGCGCCGGCAAGUGCGUCGUCGUAACCAUCAACAAAUGUGACCGAUUACCGGAGGGUAAAUUGCCCGCGCAGCUCAUCGAGACAGUCAGCCAACUCUUCAAGGCGGCCCCGGACCAGCGCCAGCGUAUCUUCGGCAUCUCCUGUCUAGAUGCCACCAACGGCCUGAACCUCACCAGCCCCGGUUCCAGCCAGCUCUCCGAUCCCGGCUACAUUCAGCAAUUUCUACAAGGUCUGAUGACUACAUUCGAGGAUAUCGCCUCUCCAACAGGCAUCGAUGGGGACGAGAACGGAAAAUACGAUCAUGCAUAUUGGGAAGAUUCACUCGGCGUGACGCAUCGCCAAAGCUCUAAUUUACAACGCUGUCUCGAACACCUAGAUGAUUUCCUGACGCAAACUCAACCGCAAUCCCAGACGCCUAUGCCUUCCUCAUCUCGCCAAUUCGCUCAUGAAUUCCCAGAAACGGACAUGGACAUGGACAUUGACAUCGUCACCGCCGCUGAACACCUGCGCUCUGCCGCUGAUACCAUGGCGAAGAUUACGGGCCGUGGGGAAAGCGGAGACGUGGAAGAUGUUCUGGGCGUUGUGUUUGAAAAGUAA